CACACGUGUGCAGUGUUUAACGGCCGACACUCGCCAAACUCCUGCACAACACAAUCACUGCGCUCCGACUCACUGUUCACCACUGUCACCGCUCAGACUGUGAGAGGAAUUCAGGUGAGAAAACCUGAGCGCUCGCAGGUGCCAUGAAUUGGGCUUUUCUUCAGGGUCUCCUGAGCGGGGUCAACAAGUACUCCACAGCGUUCGGCCGUGUCUGGCUCUCGAUAGUCUUCCUUUUCAGAGUCAUGGUUUUUGUAGUCGCGGCUGAAAAAGUGUGGGGCGACGAGCAGAAAGACUUUGCGUGUAACACCGCCCAGCCGGGAUGCCAUAAUGUAUGCUAUGACCACUUCUUCCCCGUGUCCCACAUCCGCCUCUGGGCUCUGCAACUCAUCUUCGUCACUUGUCCGUCAUUCAUGGUGGUUUUACAUGUGGCAUAUCGUGAUGAACGUGAGCGGAAAAACCGUCUCAAAUAUGGUGAAGGAUGUAAACGUUUGUACGACAACACCGGAAAGAAACGUGGUGGUCUUUGGUGGACGUACGUGCUCUCGCUGGUUUUUAAAAUGGGAGUGGAUGCGACUUUUGUGUAUCUGCUGUACCACAUCUACGAGGGCUACGAUUUUCCAGUUCUGGUGAAAUGUUCUGAAGCUCCAUGCCCAAACAUUGUGGACUGCUUCAUCUCGCGGCCCACAGAGAAGCGAAUCUUCACCAUCUUUAUGGUGGUGACCAGUCUGGUGUGCAUCCUGCUGUCUCUCUUCGAGAUCCUCUAUCUGGUGGGCAAACGCUGCUUUGAAUGCAUCAAUAGGGUGCAGAGCUCACGACAUGUGAACAGAGAGAGAUCCAUGGCUAAUAUGACAAACUUGAAUGCUCAUUUAGAGUCAAACAACAAAAAACUGGCAAGCGAAGACCAGCCGGCACCAGCAUACAGUGUGGUCAUGUCAGCCAAAAAGAAAACCAGCUUGGAAAAUACUUUCAAUCCGAGUUGGACCUUGAGAGAUGACAAAUGUUCAACUUCACAUUCACUUGGAGGUGAAUGCGAACGUGACUGACUCAGUAGAGGAAACUGAUGUGUGCCUACACUGUAUCCACUGGAUCUUUCAGCUGGAAAUUGUGGCCCAGAAUUGUAUAUUUGAGAAGCUUGAUGGGUCAAAAGAUCAACAUUCAGAGUGACGCUGUCUUUAGUUGGACUAAAGCGAGUCAGGUCAGGGUUUUGGGUGUGGUGUGUGUGGCUUCAAGCUUUAGAACACCAAAACACCAACUGACACUUUGAACAAACAGCCAAUACAGAAUAAACAAAAGAUGUUAUAAGCUCUGAUAAUUACAAUAAUUGCUGUUGAUUAAAAAGUACAUAAAGCAAAACAUGGCUGAAGAGGAUGCUAAAGCACACAAUUGUUCAUAUAUUUUAAUAAUUGUUCAGUUGCACCAAAAGUAGAAAUCAAAACGUAUCAAUUAAUGAACAAAGCAAUUAUCUUCUAAAACCUGUUUCCAACUCAGAGGAAAAAUGCUGAGUAAUUGUGAGUUUAAAUCCAGCAAUGUGUAAAAUGUAAAAGUCAUUGUUUACUCAUCUGCGUGACUUUUUCUGCAGAACUCUUUUAUUUUUAUCCAUAAAAUAGAGGUCAGUGUGAUCUAAAACCCAGCGAUUUCUUCAGAAUAUAAUUAUGGAAAAUGGAUGUGACAUUUCUGUAAAAAUUCAAAACAUGUUAACAUUAUAUUGAAACAUCUGUUUAUAUUUUCCAAAACUACUAACCACAGUUUUAUGGGAUCAGAAAAAUAUCAAUCCGUGCCAUUUUUAAAUUUUAAAUAAGGGAAAAGGUACGGUAUGCCAAUUUACAGUAUGCAACAUACUUUGUAGAAAUUCUGUGAAUUUAACUGCACAACCCAAUAGAAAUACUGCUAAUCAAAAAGCAUAAGUUGACUCUCUAUAGGACUAAAAUUAUUGAUUUUAUUUUAGUUGACAUUUUUGCAUUUAUGAGGAAAAAAGCUUUGUUUUGGAUGUGCUGUCUUUUCGUUAUGGAUGUAACAGAUGUGAAAUUGGCACUUGUGUGUCUUUGGUGAAUCAAACAUAAUUGUUUGUAAACAUUGACAGACAUUUUUAGUAUUUUUAAAAUACUGUAAAAUGCCAGCUCACACAAAAAAACAAAAACGGUUUCGCUAUUUUGGUGAAAAUUUAUUUUUUUCAUGGCAAGGUUGACAUUUGCAUGGAAUUGCACUAUUUUUUUUCAUUCAACAGAACAAACAAAGUCAUGCUGGUUAAUGAGUUAAUCCUCAUUUGCACUACGAGCAACUCGCAGUGGCAAGCAACAAACGACCGUUCAUUUCAACAGAUCAUCGAUUGCUGACGACCAAGUGGGCGCGUUGAUUUCUAAACGUCCAAAUCAAACAAAAUCUGCAGAAACUUAGUCCUGAGUAUCGUCAGUCUAUUGCGAUUGAUCAUUGGCUCUUGUAUUAGAAGGCGGGCCUUAUUCACAAAAUAGUGAUCGAUAAUUUGGAUAAUUACUAGUAGGUGGGGCUUUAUUCACCAUAUUGACCCUUACACUUUUCCCUAUUCAAAAAGAUACGAGUGACAUGUCUUGUAUUCUAGAGUUUUGGGUUGUAUUCGAGCUGUAUUGACCUUAUUCUAAAAUGUGGAAGUGCGCCUGUUUUCGCGAUUGUUUCAGAACUUCCAUUUCAGUCACCUAUGGUAGAAAUGGCUAGGAAUAAUAAACGGCAGAAAACAGUCAAACUACUUGCUCUACAAACAAAUGUUUGCAUGACUAUACAGACCAAGUAGAAUAAUAUAAUAAGAAAAUAUCAGUUUGCAACAUCAAGCAGCGUAACAAGCUUUUUUAACGUCUAAAAAUGAAUGGAAGUGAAUGAGACCGGAUGUCUCGAGCCAAAAAGAUUCAAAUGGCUGCGCCCGCUCGUCUGCAAAGAAUAAGGUGUAUAGACUUACACGAACCUACAUGAGCAGGCCACCAUCCAGAGCAACAGGAAGCUUCAAAGUCGCAGCUAGUGUGAAUGAGGCAUUAAUAAUGACAAUUGAUCAAACUUAUUAAAUCUAGUGUUAAAGUCACAAUGUCUUUUAAAUGCCUUUCAUAAAUACUUUUUUUUUAAAGGUGGAAACAGGCUUUGGUAAUUGCCUUCGUUUGGCUUUAAGAUUUUCAUGCUGCUUUCCUGUUGGGUGUAAGAACCAUGUGCAGAGAAGUCUGCAUCUCUUCUUUAUCUGUUUUUACAAAUGGAGACAUCGUUUUGAACACUAAUUUAUACCUAAAAUUUAAAUGUACAUUUAAAUUUGUUUACAAAUUUGUACAAACUGUUUGUCUUGUAUUUUUGUAUUAUUACUAUUUGAUGUUUUGUGAUGAUUGUUUUUGUAUUUUAGCUGGUCUGUAUGUUUAUGCUAAUGUGAGCUUAAGCUGCAGUGCUGCAAGUCUUCCAAGAAUUUUCAGUAUUUAAAGUUUCAAGAAUUUAUUGAAAGAACUAUUACUGCCAGAACAACCGAUUCAAAACAAUCUGUUAUGGGUUACGUGUGUAUAUGUGUGUAUGAGAGCGUUUUCAUUCACUGAUAAACAUGUAUCCAUAAAAGUAAACAUUCUCUGAGGUUAGAAAUGCUCUGUUUGUAUGCUGACCUACUAGAGUUCUUUCCAUAUUACUGCCUGUUUAAAUUGUUUACAUUUUGAAUUGCAUUAAAAUCUGCUUUUUUAUUUUCUUACA